AUGUCUAGGAAAAGAGGUAGUAAGGCCAAGCCAAUAGCUAAAGCAAACUUGAAAAAGGAAAAUGAUCAAUUCCUCGAGGCCUUGAAGCUAUACGAAGGAAAGCAAUACAAGAAAUCAAUUAAGCUGCUCGACGCAAUCUUGAAAAAAGAUGGUAACCACGUUGAUUCCUUGGCACUAAAGGGUCUAGAUCUAUUUGCUAUAGGUGAAAAAGACGAUGCUACUUCUUAUGUGGCUAAUGCCAUUAGAAAAAUCGAAGGCACUUCAGCAUCGCCAAUCUGCUGCCAUGUAUUAGGGAUUUACAUGAGAAAUACCAAGGAGUACACGGAAUCCAUCAAAUGGUUUACAGCGGCUUUGAAUAACGGUUCCACUAACAAGCAAAUCUAUAGAGAUUUGGCAACAUUGCAAUCACAAAUUGGUGAUUUCAAGAAUGCCUUGAUUUCCAGGAAAAAAUACUGGGAAUCAUUCCUCGGAUACCGUGCCAAUUGGACAUCGUUGGCUGUCGCACAAGACAUUAAUGGCGAAAGGCAACAAGCCAUCAACACGCUAUCUCAAUUUGAAAAACUCGCUGAAGGAAAAAUAUCUGAUUCCGAGAAAUAUGAGCAUAACGAGUGCUUGAUCUACAAAAAUGAUGUGAUGUAUAAAGCUGCUGGCGACAUUCAAGAUAAGUUGCAAAAUGUUUUAAAGCAUUUAAACGACAUCGAACCAUAUGUCUUUGACAAGUUUGGUUUAUUAGAGAGAAAAGCUUCUAUUUAUAUGAAACUAGGCCAAUUAAAGGAUGCCUCGAUUGUUUAUAGAACUCUCAUUAAAAGGAAUCCGGAUAACUUUAAGUACUAUAAAUUGCUAGAGGUAUCGUUGGGAAUCCAAGGUAACGAUAGAGUUAAAAAGGCUUUGUACGCUAAACUUGAACAGUUUUACCCAAGAUGCGAACCACCUAAGUUUAUUCCAUUGACUUUCAUUCAAGAUGAAGAAGAACUUUCCAAAAAACUGAGAGAAUAUGUUUUGCCCCAAUUAAAACGCGGUGUUCCAGCAACCUUCUCUAACGUGAAAUCUCUCUAUCAAAGAAGAACUUCCAAGGUCUCUCCACUUUUGGAAAGCAUUGUUCUUGAAUACUUGUCUGGAAUUGAUGGUAAACAAGACCCGAUUCCAUUCAUCUGGACCAAUUAUUAUCUGUCUCAACAUUAUUUGUUCUUGAAUGAUUUUCCCAAAGCCCAAGAAUAUAUCGAUGCUGCUUUAGACCAUACCCCUACUCUAGUUGAGUUUUACAUCCUUAAGGCGCGCAUCUUAAAGCACUUAGGAUUAAUGGAUACAGCUGCAGAUAUUUUGGAAGAAGGUAGACAACUAGACUUACAAGAUAGGUUUAUCAAUUGUAAGACCGUUAAAUAUUUCCUUAGGGCAAACAACAUCGAUAAGGCUGUCGAAAUUGCAUCUUUGUUCACCAAGAAUGACGAUUCUAUUAAUGGUAUCAAAGACUUACAUCUCGUAGAAGCUUCUUGGUUUAUCAUGGAGCAGGCUGAGGCUUAUUAUAGAUUAUACCUGGAAAGUAAGAAAACAUUAGAUGAUUUAACGUCAUCCAAGAAUGAGGUAGAAAGCGAUGAAAGCGAAGAAACCGCAAACGUUAUUAAGGAUAAUCAAUGGCUUGUUCACAAAUAUAAAGGCUUGGCGCUAAAAAGAUUCCAGGCUAUUCCUAAAUUUUAUAAACAGUUUGAAGAUGAUCAAUUAGAUUUCCAUUCAUAUUGUAUGAGGAAAGGUACGCCAAGAGCUUAUCUAGAAAUGCUAGAAUGGGGGAAGGAGCUUUAUACGAAGCCCAUGUAUGUUCGUGCCAUGAAGGGAGCAGCAAAGCUUUACUUCCAAAUGUAUGAUGAUCAUCUGAAAAGAAAAGCAGAUGUUAUUGACGACGAUUCUGAAGGUAGUGGAAAUAACGGGGCCAGUAGUAACAGUAGUCAAAAAAAGAAGGCUAAAAAAGAAGCUGCUGCCAUGAACAAGCGGAAAGAAGCUGAAGCAAAGAGCGUUGCAGCUUACCCAACUGAUCAAGAUGACGAUGUGUUCGGGGAAAAACUGAUAGAAACUGCCACCCCAAUGGAAGACUUCGCGGACACCUUUUACGAUGACUACUCUAAACAAGCCAGAGACGAUGAAAGAGAUUUCGUUUUGGAUUUUGAGUUCAACUAUAAAGUUGGAAAGUUGGCGUUAUGUUUCGCUUCUCUGAACAAAUUUGCUAAAAGAUUCGGCUCCACAAAUGGAUUGUUUGGUAGUAUGGCUAUUGUUUUGUUACAUGCUACAAAGGAUAACACCCGUUUUGAUGCGAUCUUGAAAAAAGUAGUUACGAAAAGUUUUGAAAAAGACUACUCUGAAGUGUUACCAUUGAACGAGAGCUCUAACGACAGCUUUGAUUGGUUGAAGUUUUACCAAGAAACAUUCAAUGGAAAUGAUAUAAGAGGCCUACUAUUCCUGUACCGUUAUCGUGAAGAAGUCGCUUUGGAAGAACCUCGUUUAAAAGAAGCGAUAAUUAAUAAUCUUUCUCUUUUGGAACCUCACGCUCAAAACGAGGUUCUACAAUACCAACUAUAA